CAGGUUGUGCUGAUCAAUGCUAUUAAGGAUGUGGCAAAGGCCUUGUCUGACCUCAUAGGCGCAACUAAAGGAGCCGCCAGCAAGCCUGCAGAUGACCCAUCCAUGUACCAGCUCAAGGGAGCAGCAAAGGUAAGAAAUGUGUUGGCUUUCCAUUUGCAAAUUCCACACCUGGCCAUCUGAGCUCGGUAGGGACCUCACCUGUUCUCCAAGAAUUCUCAAAGGUUGUAGACAAAGGCUCUGAAAUUAAAUCCACACACUCAGUAGGGAGUCACCUAUCAUCAUCACCACCAUGUCUCUUCCUCCUCUGGGGAGUGGCAGGAAUCAUUCUAUGGACUGUUCCUUCCAAAGGCUGCUUGGAAUGUUCUGGGGUCUGUGCCUGCUUCUCCUGAGUUUUCCCCACUUGUCUAUUGAAGCUUAGUUUGAUACUGUUGGGAUAAUUUACAAAGGCAGGAUGGCUGCUUGAGCAUUCUGUGAUGAGAGCUGGCAGUUGAGCAGUUUCCUUCUCCUGACUUUCCAGGUAAUGGUAACAAACGUCACAUCACUACUGAAGACUGUGAAAGCCGUAGAAGAUGAAGCUACGCGAGGGACAAGAGCGCUUGAGGCUACGAUUGAGUACAUCAAGCAAGAACUCACGGUAAAGGCUUUGUAUAAUGAUGCUUGCGAAAUCUCUAGAAGUAGCAAGCAAACUCUAGGUCCCCGAUCCAAUGCAUUAAAAAUAAAUAAACUGGGGGUUGCUGCAUCUAUUUUUCAGGCCAGCUCCUAUUCUGUCCUCAUACAGCGCAGUUCAGCUUUUGUAAAAUUUACAGUGCAAUGCUCUGCAUGUCUACAUUAUAAAAAUAUGUGCACCCCACCACCAGAUUUAGUUCCAGGCAAUUUACAAAAUUAACAUAUCAAUAACCAUUUUUUCAGUAAUAAAAACAACAAGCAAAUUAAAGCAGUGUUCAGCACAAUGUUAAAAUGUUUAAACUACAAUCCUAGAACAGUUAAUUGGAAGUAAGUCUCAUUUAAUUCAUUGAUACUUAACUUCUGAGCAGACAUGCAUAGGAUUAUGCUGUAAAAUAGUUAUGUCUGCAUGUUUUUUGCUGUACUUAAUUGCUGUUUUAUUGUAACUAAAUUUGUUUGUAUGGCCAUUCUCAAUUCUAAUUGAAAAGGCACCUACUCAGCAAAGGCUGCUUCAGAGGCUGUGAUUUUAUUUUUAUUUUUAAAUGAAGUCUGUGAGCAAGUCAACUCUAGCCAGCAUUGUCAGUGAUCAGGGAUUAUGAGAGCUGUAGUCCCUCAGCAUCUGGAGUGCCACAGAUUUCCCAUUCCUGAUAUAAAUCAUUAUGCAAAGUUGUUGGGGCGGAGGGAGGCAUUAGCAUUUCAUUAAAGAAAUACUGUAAAUCUGGUUGCUACAGUGUGCAGACUGGCUUCCUUCUCUCCAUAGAACUGGAACCAUCAUCCUGUGGGUGGCAAGUAGACAUAGUAGGCUGUCAGUGGUCCAUGUCUAAUAUUACUCUGAUUUAAGAGUGGCUUUCUUCAGCCGCUGUACAUGAGAUUCCCAUCUUGGUACCUUAUAUGCUAUCAUGUCGGGGUGUAAGUCAGGUAUACUGCUGAAUGGAUGUAGUGCAGGCCCUCUAACAUUGGAGGAAGAGAAGACCCGCUUCUGGGAACCAGAAGAGAAGGGUGAAAUAGACUGGUAAUGAAGGAAGUGGCUGGUUCCUGUGUCCAAGUGGAGGCAUGUGUGGUUCUGUCCAAAGAAUAUCAGGAACACAAACCUCUUCACUGGGAGAUGAUUUUGUUUGAGGUGGGGGGGGGGAACCAGCUGUUUUCCACUUAAAUGCCUUGCUUUUUGACAUUUUGGAGGCUGUUUCCACGCCAGAGUUUAACCCUUCCAAACCAAACGUGUUUGGGGCUGGGGGCUUGCUUGUAGGUGUUUCAGUCAAAAGAUAUUCCUGAAAAGAACUCAUCACCUGAAGAAUCAAUCCGGAUGACGAAAGGCAUCACCAUGGCGACAGCCAAAGCCGUAGCAGCUGGGAACUCAUGCCGACAGGAGGACGUGAUUGCCACAGCCAGCCUGAGCCGCAAAGCUGUAGCUGACAUGCUGACAGCUUGCAAG